AUUACCUAACCAAUAAUUUUUCACCUUGUCUAAGGCAUGCUGUUCGCUACCAGCAAGCUUUCAUUCUUGUGAGAUCAUACUCUUGUCCUCACGUAGGAUAUAGAGAUGCAAUCACGAGAAAAGAUGAUCCAAAAUCAUUAAAGCAAAUUUGUCUUGUCAAUGUUGAGAUAGAACCAGAUUCAUGCUGGACACAAUUAUUUGCGGAAAUCAAACUAUGA